AUGGAAAACUCUGUGGAAUCAUGUCCCCGGAACAUUACGGCGGUCACAGAGUCCUCCACCAGGCUGGGUUGUGGACAGGAUCGGUAUGGAAAUGAUCAAUACAUCUGUGUCCCUAACUUUGACAAAACAGGACUCAUAGAACUCUGUUACAAUGGCAUCAUGGGGAUAAUAGAAAGGGAUCCCGCUUGCCAGAACAUCAACACACGAGACAGGUGUUAUUUUGCUGAACCCUCGUGUCCAAAUACCACAGAGAACAUAAAUACUACAGAAUAUCAACUAGGGUUAUCGACAAUUCAAAGCAUUUACAACACAACGGCUAUCAACUUAUCUGAAGGCACCUUUCCACAAGAGUCAUCCGACUCUACAGGGGUUAUCAUUGGAAGUGUGGUUGCUGUUGUGUUUAUCAUCAUUUUGGUAUUGGCUGUUGUCCUCUGGAAACGGAAUCAGAAGAACAAAAAACAAAGACAUAUUCCACGAUAUUUUGAGAUCAACAAACAGCAGCAAGAGGAAAAAAUAACUGGAGCAGAUUGUAAACGUCCGUUUUUGUCACUCGCAGACACCACUGAUGAUACAAAAGAUCUGCAACAAACAUUUGACAAGCUUGAAGAAGUAUAUGAAGUCAGAGAUACCGGUGUUUAUAGUGAAAUUGAGGAGCGUGUACAAGACUUUACAUAUCUUGUAACCAAUACAAAGUUAGAAAAGAGAGACACAGGUAAUACACUACUAAAAUAUUUGGGAGAUUACAGUCUAUGGAAAACAAGACUAUCUGAUAAGUUCUCCACACUGACUGUUGACGAGGUGUCCGUGUUAUUCUGUUUUCUGUGUUCUGACUCCGGUCCUCCUGACUUCACUGACACAGAGUGGCUGGACAUGCUUAAUAAGAUACGACAGAAAGUGUACAAUAAAGAGAAUUCUGUAACACGUGAGGAAGCACAGCAGACUCUGGACAGACUGAAGUCACGUGAUUACCUUUGGGAAGAUAAGGAUAAGAUCACGGAGGACACAAAGGAUGAGACAAUGUAUAGGAUAGCAUCAAUAAACCGUGAUAUACCAUUCCAUUACAGUAGUUAUGACACAGCCAGUGUGUACCUGAGAUCAGGGAGAUACAACAGAAAACCCGGAGAGAAGUGUCUCAGUUGUUUUGACAGUGUCCUUGAUUACUUACUGAUACUCCGUCUACAGAUGAACAUACUGACUCACGUCACAAUGGAGGACACGGAGAUAUAUGAUGAGAUACAGCAGAUAUUAAAUAUACCCGAAAAUAUAAUCAAGAAAAGUAAAGAUGAACGAGAAGAAUUUCUAACGGAACUCAGAAGAGAGGGGGAGGCUGUACAUUACAGAGGAAGAUUACAGGACAGUGUAGAUCACGUGACGUGGCUCUGGAGAUACGAGAAGUGGGCUAGACCUGACAUCGUGAGAUCCUGUAUAGGCCUUCAUCCACACAAUGAUAUUUACAUCAUCGACAAUAAAGCUUACAGAAAACCAAGUAAAAUCCAUAGCUAUGAGCCGGAAGUCAGAUGUUUUCUGUAUUGUUUACUUUUGUCUGAGAAAUAUCGGACAAGUUUCAAUGAACAAUCACACAGAAUCACAAAGGACAAAAUCAGACAGAGAUAUUUCCCUGAUAUUACUGAUGACGGCUCGGUAGAUCUUCCUGAUGGAAUCACAGAAACACAUGACGGUGUGAUAACCUUUAUAUCAGACGACAUCCGACAUGACGUCAUGUACGCCUUUGUUACGGAGUGUCUGGUGGAGGACAGUGAUUUGGAGUUUUUCUUUACCACGGCGUCACGUGACGUGAUCUCAGAAUACUGCCGGUCCUGUGAUUAUAAGAGGAGUGAGGGAGAGAGAUGUCUGUAUAUACCGGACGAGCCGGGGGAGAUGUACGACCUCUUCAUAGACAGUCUACAGCUGGACAUCAUCGCACACUGUACCGUGUCUGACUGGAUGAUUCAUGAUAGGAUCAGUGAACGUUUGGGAGUCCCAAAAGAAAUACUUAAAUGGGACCAGGAGGCCAGAGAGCGGUAUGUGGAGUACGCUAAGAGAGGGACACAGACAGUCCACCACGCCCGGGGGAUGAUUGUAGGAUGUGCUGGGGCGGGGAAAACCACCCUACUUAAACGUCUGCUUGGUUGUAGUGAAGACGAGAUUAAGAAAAUAAAAUCUACUGAGGGCUUGGAGGUGCAUAAGGAAAUAUUUGAUUUAUGUGAUGAAACAAAAUCAUUAAAAGCAAGAAAUAUGUACACAGGUGAUAAAAAGGAAGAAAGUUCUGCUACAAAUAUAGACUCAAAGACCUUGACAUUCUUUGACUUUGGAGGACAAUGUGCGUACUACGCCUGUCACCAGAUUUACCUGACCAGGAGAGCUUUCUAUGUUGUGGUGGUGGACGCUUCUAAACGUCUGGACCAGAAUGUGGAUAAGGAAGUGUGCGAUCAAGAAGGGAGUGUCUUCUCUGGAUGGACAUAUGGAGAAUACUUCGUGUUCUGGAUAAAGUCUAUCCACACCUACUGUGGCUCUGACAAUGAGGCAGAUCCUAAGCCAACCGUUCUGAUUGUAGUGACUCAUUGGGAAGAAGGGAACAGACAGUAUCAGAGUAAAGAAGCUCUUUUGAACAGUCUGCAGCAAAUUUUCCCCAAAUCGACUAAUUUAUCCAUGUACAUCACCGAAGAUAACGUUUAUUUCUUAUCCUUUCCUGUCAAACCACUUCAGGACCUGGAAAGGAUUGUUUUUAAUAUAGCUUCGCAACAACGAUGGAAAGAAAACAUUCCAAAAGAAUGGGCCUUCUUUGAAAUAGAGAUUAAUCAGAGGAAACAUAAAGAAAAGAUUUUAGAGGUCGUAGAAAUAGCAACAGAGCUUUCAGACAAAAGUCUUGAGGGAACAUUUAAACAGUAUGAAGAUAUGUUAAGAUAUUACCAUGAUGCGGGGAAAGUGCUUUAUUUUAAUGAAAAUCAACUCAAGAAAUCUGUCAUUAUUGAUGUUCAGUGGUUCAUUGAUGCUUUCAAAUACAUUAUUACAGACAAGCUUCAUUUUAAAGGCAUUGAUGCUGUCCAGGAAGACUGGGAUGAGUACUACAAAACUGGGAAUCUAAAAGACGGGCUUCUUGCCAAGAUCUGGGAACAUAAAGGUGAUGUUUCAUACAAAACAAGACAACAGUUGGAAGAUUUUGAGUUCUUUGAUUAUUACGCGGAAUCUGAAUUUGUCGGAAAUAUUGGAAAUCUACUACUGGAGUUCAUGCAAAGACUUGGAUUUGUAGCUCUUGGUCGGGAAUCCCACUAUGUGCCAUGCAUGAACCGGAAGAAGAUGGAGGAAGAACUUUCAAAUCUAAUUAAAUAUUCAGAGAGUAAAUCAUCUGUCCUGAUUUAUCGAUUUACAUUUUUGCCAUUUUUCUUAUUUUUUCGUCUUGUGGUGGCUUGCAUGCAAGAAUCUGGUUGGAAUGUGCUUACAACGCAUGGUACAUCUUGUCUCUACAAAGACACCGCUUUCUUUUUAUUUGAGGGAUAUAAUGUGGUUUUGUCAGUUACAGAAGAAUCUAUUCAACUUCAAGUGCUUCAUUCUAUGCCAGGAAAUGCAUUGGCAACUUAUAAAACACAGAAAAUUCAAGAAACAAUAGAAAAUAUGUUGAAUGACUUUGUUGGACAGUUUAACAGAAAACUUUCGUUUGUUAGAGGUGUGAGAUGUAAAAUGGAAAGUGCAAAAAUAACUGCCAAGGAUAUCAGAGAACAUUUUCUUUUAGAGAAAGACAUUCCGAGGAAUGAUCAGGAAAUAAUGUGUCCUUUGCAUCAAGUUAUUAAUCGACAUCCUAUCAACCCCAAAGAGUUAACCAAGUAUUGGAAAAUGUAGGAAAAGUUACUGCAUAAAAGAAUCUACUCGCUUUCAAUAUUCUUGAAUGAACCUGUUUUCUGUGUACUAACAUAUAAAUCCAAUAAGUUAUUUAAUAUUUCUGUUUAGAUUUAUAUGACAGAAGUAUUUAAGGGGUGACGGGGCACUUGUCACAUGACUCAAAAGAUAGAUUACGUCACAGUCGCUGUUGUUUAAUCUUGUUAACAUCAACAGUUCUUGUGUAAUUUUAUUCUAAAUAUGUUUUAUUUAAACAUUUAUUAUUAAAAAAAAAAUAUAUUUAAGAGGUUUUAAAGAUCUUGCCAACAUUUAGAUAUUGUGAAAUUAACAAAUCCACACAUCCAUUUUGCAGUCUAACAUCAGUGACGCAUUGUUUGAAUUCUAAGUGCAGCGAGAUCAAGCACACAUAAGCUACACCCUUUGUGAUCAGUUUUAUUUCAUAAUAAAUAUUUUAAAAUCAAUAAAUCGUAGUUAAUUUCUGAAGCAGAUUUUUUAAAUAAAUAUUUUUUUCGUGUUUAGUAGCAGAGAUUAUCUGUACCUUUGUUUUAUAAUUUUGCCUGUUUAUGUCUUCGUAUAACGUCACAGUUGAUUUCCCGCACUCGGAAACUGUAGAUAUGAAACGUUUUUUCUCAUGAUAUUAUGUAACGUCUAAUUCAACGAUGUCCUGUGCGAUACUUUUUAAAUUUAUUUUUAACCUUGUGGUCAGCAUGUAUGUCUAGCCAAUUUUAUCGAUAAACAAAUGUGUAUUGAGUGAAUGAUGUUUUUUCUUCUCCUAAGAUUGACAAUCAUUUGAUUUAACCCAACCAUUCAAUCAUUGAAGAAUCUACUGAGAGGAUACAGAAGGAUACAUCUCUCUGUCACAGAUCAAUUCAAGGAACUUUUCCAGAACGUUCAGUGAUCAUGCAAUUACCUGAAUUUUACAUAAAGUUCAUUCCGUAUAUCUAAUAAUGCUCUUAUUUAUUUUUUCAGUUCUAACAAGCAUAGAAACUGAUGUGAAUACUAGCAAUCAUGUACAUGUACAUGUAACCCACGUAUUGUAAUUAAAAAAUAACAAUAUCCAUUUUAAUACUUAUAGUUUCGCUUUUCUUCUUUCGUUGUGUGUAUGACAUCGAAAUAUUUGGAAAAUAAUCCUGCAAUGGACUAACACUUCUCUCUCAGCUAUACAGCAAAUACUUUUUGUUCAUAUUCAGUAUCAAUUUAACCAAAGUCAGUCCCAUUUACUUGUCUUGUGAGUGAUUAACGUUGAAUUCUCCCUCACUGAUUCCAUGCAAGAGUUAUUGUAUAAUUAUAAUUUUAUUUUUACUCUUAACACAUGUAUCUUCAACAUAUGAAUAUACUUAUGAAUGAACAUCUGUGGUAUCUAGGCUGGACUAUGCGAAUGCUCUACUUUAUGGCACAAAUACAACAGAAAAAGCCAAAUUAUAAACUGAGGAAUACUGAACACAACAGCACGCAUAAUAACCCGUACCUGGAAGAGGGAGUAUAUUACUCCAAGUCUUGUUUACCUUCACUAGUUUCCAAUUGAAAAACGCAUCCACUGCAAAAUUCUUAUUUACACUUACAACGCAAUAAAACAACAUGUAUAAACAUUGUCAUUAAUUUAAAAUUUCAUAGCUUCUUGUUUAGUUAUAUAUGCUUGUCGGAGUGCUUGAAUAAAAGUGUAAAUGUAUUUAUACACAUUUCAUAAAUUGCCAGUCAAUGAUAUUAUUUUAAAGUGAAUACAUGUACAAAAUUUAUAUACAUGUAUAAGAGAGACAAAGAAAAAGAAAGAGAAAGAUAGGGAGAGAGAUCAUUGAUUCGUUAUAUUAAAAGCACAAUGUGAUGGUCAAGCCCUGAAGA